CAUUCCAAUCGAUCUCCAGCUUUGAAUUGAUAUAAGCUUUAGAGAGAUAAGGAAACCAGAGCUGCUUGAUAUCAGCUAACUAGAACUUAUAAACCAGCUGGUCAUUAAUUAGCUAAGCUUCGGUGAUGAGGUCGUCGUCAUCGUCGGUGUUUUGGGCAGUGGUGCUGCUCGUUGCGGUUGCCUCUUCGACGGCGGCGCGUGCGUCCCAUGACCUAUCGGGUUCUCUGAAGGUUGGAUUCUACGAGCACUCGUGCCCACAGGCCGAGGACAUUGUGCGCGACGCCGUCCGCCGCGCCGUCGCCUUCAACCCCGGCUUCGCCCCUGGCCUCAUCCGCAUGCACUUCCAUGACUGCUUCGUCAGGGGCUGUGAUGCCUCGGUGUUGAUCAACUCGACGCCGGGAAACAAGGCGGAGAAGGACUCGGUGGCGAACAACCCGAGCAUGCGCGGCUUCGAGGUCAUCGACGAGGCCAAGGCCGCCCUGGAGGCCGCCUGCCCUCGCACCGUCUCCUGCGCCGACGUGCUCGCCUUCGCGGCUCGUGACAGCGCCUCCAUCGCCGGCGGCAUCGAGUACCCCGUCCCGGCCGGCCGCCGCGACGGCCGCGUUUCGAUCUCCGACGAGGUGCUCGAAAACAACGUCCCCUUCCCCACCGACGGGGUCUCGGAGCUCGUCGCCAGCUUCGAGCGCAAGGGGCUUUCCGCCGACGACAUGGUCACGCUCUCUGGCGCGCACACCAUCGGGAGGUCCCACUGCUCCUCCUUCACGCAGCGUAUCCACAACUUCUCCGGCGAGGCUGGGCAGACCGACCCGUCCAUCGAGGCGUCCUACGCCGCCGAUCUGAGGCGGCAGUGCCCACCGUCCACCGACGACAUGAGCAACCCCACUGUCGCGCCGCUGGAUUUUGUUACGCCAAGGGAGUUCGACAACCAGUACUACAAGAACGUGCUCGCCCACAAGGUGCCUCUCACCUCCGACCAGACGCUGCUUACCAGCGUCAAAACAGCGGCGAUCGUUGUGCUCCACGCCGCCGUCGAGAGGGUGUGGCAGGCCAAGUUUGCCGCCGCUAUGGUCAAGAUGGGCAACGUCCAGGUGCUCACCGGUGACGAGGGGGAGGUCAGGGAGAAGUGCUUCGUCAUCAACCACCACUAG